UUGACAGCGACUCCCCCAAAUCGCCUUAUGGUUGUGUAGACUUGAAGGGUUUUUCCAGCUCUGCGGGAUUUUUAUAACGGUACACGCAUUGAGAGACAAACAACCGGAGUAAGAAGGCAGUUUUCAUCGUGAGUACUCUACCACACUUGAGGAUACAAGGCUCUUCUAUCAAAUUAAAGACGCACAUCGUCCCCCGGUCCUGUGAUAAAGAUCUUCUUGCCGUCCUGUGACGGAUUUUUCCUCUCAGCUGUUGGGUGUAAGGAGGAGAGGAAGCAAAGAUGCCUAAGCCGAUCAAUGUCCGUGUGACCACCAUGGACGCAGAGUUGGAGUUUGCAAUCCAGCCAAAUACCACAGGAAAACAGCUUUUUGACCAGGUGGUGAAGACAGUGGGCCUGCGAGAGGUGUGGUUCUUUGGGUUACAGUAUGUGGACAGUAAAGGUUACAUCACAUGGCUGAAACUCAAUAAAAAGGUGACUCAGCAAGAUGUGAAGAAAGAGAGUCCUCUGCAGUUUAAGUUCAGAGCCAAGUUUUUCCCUGAAGACGUCUCAGAGGAACUAAUCCAAGAGAUCACCCAGAGACUCUUCUUCUUGCAGGUCAAAGAGGCCAUCCUGAAUGAUGAGAAUUACUGUCCUCCAGAAACAGCUGUGUUGCUGGCUUCAUACUCUGUCCAGGCAAAGUAUGGGGACUACAACAAAGAGGUGCACAAGGCUGGGUACCUUACUCAUGACAGACUGCUCCCUCAGAGAGUCCUGGAGCAACACAAGCUGACUAAGGAGCAAUGGGAGGACAGGAUACAGACCUGGCAUGAAGAGCACAAAGGAAUGCUCAGAGAGGACUCGAUGAUGGAGUAUCUUAAAAUCGCCCAGGACCUGGAGAUGUAUGGAGUCAACUACUUUGAGAUUAAAAACAAGAAGGGCACACAGCUGUGGCUGGGCGUGGAUGCUCUUGGACUCAACAUCUAUGAACACGAGGACAAGUUGACACCAAAGAUUGGCUUCCCCUGGAGCGAGAUUCGAAACAUCUCUUUCAACGACAAGAAGUUUGUCAUCAAACCCAUCGAUAAGAAAGCACCCGACUUUGUGUUUUACGCCCCGCGGCUGCGCAUCAACAAGCGCAUUUUGGCAUUGUGCAUGGGUAACCACGAGCUGUACAUGAGGAGGAGAAAGCCUGACACCAUCGAGGUGCAGCAGAUGAAAGCUCAAGCCCGGGAGGAGAAGCACCACAAACAGAUGGAGAGGGCCCAGCUGGAGAAUGAAAAGAAGAAGCGAGAGCAUGCAGAGAAAGAGAAGGAAAGGAUAGAGCGUGAGAAAGAAGAGCUCAUGGAGAGGCUGAAACAGAUUGAAGAGCAGACGAUGAAAGCUCAGAGAGAGCUCGAGGAACAGACUCGCCGCGCCAUGGAGCUCGAGCAAGAAAGGAAAAAAGCGAGGGAGGAGGCUGAGCGGCUGGAGCGAGAAAGACAAACGGCUGAGGAGGCCAAGGCAGAGCUGGCCAGACAGGCUGCAGACCAGCAGAAGACCCAAGAGCAACUGGCUUCUGAACUGGCUGAAUUUACAGCAAAGAUCUCUCUCUUAGAAGACGCCAAGAAGAAGAAGGAAGAUGAGGCCAUGGCGUGGCAGCACAAGGCUCUGUCAGCUCAGGAGGACCUGGAGAAGACCAAGGAGGAGCUGAAGACCGCAAUGACAGUGGUGCCAGCACCUCCAGGCGGGCAUGCUGAGAACGAGCACGACGAACACGAUGAGAACCAUGCAGAAGCCAGCGCCGAGCUCUCCAAUGAGGGCGUCAGCCAGGUAGAUCUACGAAGUGAAGAGGCUCGCGUCACCGAAGCACAGAAGAAUGAGAGGGUCAAGCAGCAGCUGCAGACAUUGAGCUCAGAGUUGGCCCAGGCCAGAGACGACACCAAGAAGACACAGAACGACCUGCUGCACGCCGAAAACGUGAAGGCGGGCCGAGACAAAUACAAAACGCUGCGCCAGAUCCGACAGGGCAACACGAAACAGCGCAUCGAUGAGUUUGAGUCUAUGUGAGAACAGCACCUCAGGGUUACCUGCUCCCCUUAACGGCUGCUCGAUUUUUCAUGGACAACAGAUGCUGCCGUCCUUGUAAUCCUAUCGAGUCUCCCACAACGUCCCCCAGGCUAUCUCGAGAAAUCAUCUUAUCCAAUUUUGCCAAAGUCCUGCUCCACUUCUCCACUCAAAGUUUGGAUUUCUCUCUGAUGUGGAGCUGCACACAUGCCACUCUGAACAAGCGAAUUCUCGUGUUGCAGAGAUCCUCUGUAAUGCUUGCAUGGAGGGGGGAAAUGUAACUACAAAACCAAAAUGGAAGCAAUUGGAUUUUUAUUUUGAGUCAGCAUGGCCAUAGAGAGCUUCUUUUGUUUUUUCUUGUUUUGCUUGAGAACUUGUAUGCAAAGCUUUAGUAUGAUUCCAUGUUUUCAGUUAAAGAUUUCCUGUCCUCUUCUUGAAGUUUUUAAGUUUCUUCCCUCUGCUUUUGUUUGACUCGUUUUAUUGAUGAUGCCCGUCUUUUUAGUUGUCUGCCGAACACAUCGAGGCCGGAGUUUAGGGGCAAAUUAGAUCACUGUUUUCAUUCAGCGUCAAAGCACUUCAAUGUUAACAUCAUAUCGCCCGCUAGAUAUGCUAACACUCUUAAGUUGUUAGGAAGCUAAUUUAACUCUACUUGCUCAAGUCAAACUAUAGUUUAAAUGUGACAUUUAUAGGUUUAUAUACAAGAAACGAUAACACUUCAGUAUUUUAAGAGCUUCAUUAUAGGCUGAAAUCAGUAAUAGCAGUUUUUUUGUAAGAAAAUGUUUCUGCGAAUAAAAUUGAAGUGACCCUCGCAGGUGAAAGAGCCACCCAACUUCUCACAUGGCAGGUUUUGACGAACGAAUGUAGCAAAGGUAACAAAGGGAAAGUUUGUUUUUUUUUUUUUCUCUCCUCUCUUUAAAUUCGCAGAAGUCAUAGGAUAUCAACUUGUGCCACUGAGCUCUUACCCUCAGGCUUAAAAGUAUUGUGAAGAUAAGCUAAUUGGUAGUGUAGCUGUUGCGUCCCAGUGUUUCAUUCCCGGUCACCAUAGAUGGUUUUCUCUGCCUACCAGUGCACAAAGGAACCCAGGGAACAAAAAAGAAAAGGACGGACAGAGGAACGGUACUGCAUCCGAGCCUUUUCUCUGUCUGUCUGGUGUGUGUGGUUGAGUGAGUGAGUGAGUGAGUGUGUUCAGGUAUGAAAGCUAAGGCCUGGUGCCUCUCUGGCUGGGGAGCUUACGAAAACAUCUGUCCCGGUUUGGGACAAAUCUCUACCUCAGUAAUAAUAGCAGUGGUGACUGACAGUCAAACACUCAGGAUGUUACCCCCCCCCCCAAAAAAAAUGAACAAAAAACAAAGUCAUGAUUUUACAUGGUUACUGUUGCAUUUUGGGGCUUUGCUCCCGGGCAGGCUACUUUUUUCUUUCUUUUUUUUUUUGUCAGUUACUUUCUGGCUGUAUUUUGGUUACGAUUGCUUGAAAAUAUUUAGGGUUCAUGUGAAAUCUGGUUUAAAGAGUUAUUUUUUUACAUAUCAAGCUAGUUUUACACAACAGUUUCUCCAGACCUUGCUCAAAUGUUGUGGUUCAUUUUUAUCACCUCCAUCCCCAAAAAGUCCCAAAAAAUGAGGAAGUUGAGUAACUAAAUGCUGCAGAAAGUUAGGUCAGUCCUAUGAAGCAUUUUGGGGUCUUCUUGGGAGCAGUGAGCUGCUCUCGAUGGCAGGCUUAUUUCCACAGAAGCACCUUGAACUCCAGAGCUUUUAAAAGGCUCUCAUGAUUUAAAAUGGGCAAAAAAAAAAAUGUUGUCUUCACUGUUAAUAUUAUGUCACGGAGACCGUUUCAGAGGUGCAGUGGAACAGUGGGGCUGAGAUGAGUUUAUUAGAAGCUCUUAAUGCAAACAGACCUCGCUAUUGUGACUGAUUGCAGUCAAGUGGAGAGUAGGCCAAAAUUUCCUCCCUGAAUCUUUAUAAAUUCAUACCUAAUAUGAGACAACAAAUGGACUCCACCUUUUGUGGUGUGGGAAAUAUGUUCCAGGGUGCAUUUUUGAAAUGAGUAAACCUGAAUUUUUCCACUUUUUUUUUUUUUUCUUUCUUUUUAUUAAUAUGAUGAAAAUGUUUAUAUUAUUUGUUAUUGCUAUACUUGACAGCUGGUGUAAGUUUAUUUUAUUUUUUUCAUGAGUUUAAAGGUAACACACUUGUAUGACACAAGACACUGAAGCCUGCCUUCUGUGUUUAACUUCAAUGUCCGUUGUUGGUAUUGUGUUUGCCGUAGCAGGUGAAAGAAAUGAUCCUGUGCUUCCAGCCCAUGUAUUUGUUAUGUGUUCAAAGACCGUAAAGCAGCAGCACUCAUCGCUGUAUUGGACAACUUCAUUGGAGGGGAAAACUCUUGUUGACACAUCCACGCCGCUGAACUCUCCACAUCCAGGCUGUAAGGCUUCAGUUUGUCUUCCCAGCAGCAGUUAUUGGCACGCCUGUCCCCUCCAAUGAAGCCAGUGUCUGUGAUGAUGCCUGCUCUGGCACCAGCUGUCACAUUUUGCUUUGCUUUUUUUUUUUCCUCUUCAUCCUUGUGUUCAUGUUAGUGCUCUUUAAGAUAGAAGGCACAAGUGGAUUUCAGCCCAUUUCAUUGGUUCAUAAAUAAAAGUUUUAAAUUUUCACCA